AUACAUCUAAAUAUAUCAAUUUAAACGAUUUAAUUAUUGAAAGUUUAAUUAAAAAAGGUAAAUUUUCUGAUAUAUAUCAAGGAAAAUUUCAUAAUGAACCAGUUGCUAUUAAAAUUUUAUCAAAUAAAAAUGAUAUAAUUCAUUCAAAUAUAUUAUUUCAACAUGAAAAAGAUAUUUAUUCAUUACCAUUUAUGGAUCAUGAAAAUAUUCUUAAAUAUUAUGGUUAUUGUGUAAUUGAUGAUAAUAAUUGUUUAAUAUUUGAAUUAAGUAAAUAUGGUUCAUUACGUGAUGUACUUCGUUCACGUUUAUUAAAAGAUGAAAAUGAAUUAAUAUUAAUAUGUAAACAAAUCUCAAAUGGUCUUGAAUAUCUUCAUAGUGAUUAUCGUCGAAAUAAUUCAAAAGAAAAAUCUCGUCCACCAAUAGCACAUAGAGAUUUAAAAUCAGAUAAUAUUCUUUAUUUAAAUGAUAAUAGAUUAGUUAUUUCUGAUUUUGCUUUGGCUAUUAAACUUGAUCAAAAUCAAAAUUGUCCAAAUGAACAACAACAAGUAAUUUAUAAAAAUAAUAAAUAUAUAUAA